AUGGUUUUCGACAUGAUCGACAAUGUUGCCGCUGCAGACGCAGCUGGUGGUCUGCUGCCCGCCCCGCUUACGAAGAUGGGAUCCUUCAGUGGCAAGAACAAUGCCCGUGACUUUGCACGAUCGGUUCGACUCCCCGUGGUGCUUGGUUACGCCCCUGACUAUGUGGAAACCGUUCUCAAGAAGAAGUCUGAUUCGGAGGAAGAAGAACGUGUGAAGAUUCCUGUGCUUAUGCCGCACAAAAUACUAUCUUUUCUUUUCGGGGAGCUGGGGCUGUCCAUUGACGCAGAUACGGUGUCCAAAUAUUGGGCCCACUGCAAACGCCACUGUCCCUGGGCUUGCUCUGACGAUUUCGAUGGCACUCAUAUCCCUGUAUCACUGUACGGGGACACAGCUCGAUAUGGCCAGGGCUACGAUCAGAGCAAAGUGACAGGUUGCUUCAUGAGCCUUGUUUUGCGGCGGCCUAAAUCUACAAGGAUGAGUCAAUGGCUGCUAUGGAGCCUCGAUACUGAUCUGAGCUUGGGAUGGAAAAGCCACAACCCCCUUUACCUUGCAGUUGUGCAAUCUCUAGAUGCUGCCUUCGACGGCCUAACCCCGGACAAUCGGCCGCUGGGUAGAAAAUACGCUGUCACACAGAUCAAAGGCGAUUGGGAAUACCACUAUCAAACCUGGAGACUUAAACGAUGGUGGAAAACCCGCUGGUGUUGUUGGAGAUGUGAUGCUGAAAAUCACCACCAAGCCCGGCACCCGAUCACGGACUUCUCUGAUGAUCCAUCCUGGGCGGCGACAGAGUUGUCUCACAACCAGUUCGUGGUUGAGGGCAUCGGCCAGAACCACGUUUGUGCUCUUACCAAAACCUAA